GGGACCCCCAACAGUGUCACCGUGGCUACACUGGGAGCUGUGUUUGGCUUAAGCACCUGCCUCAGUGCCCAAGUCCGUGAGAAACCAGACGAUCCCCUGAACUAUUUCAUCGGUGGCUGUGCAGCAGGAGCUCUCGUGGGUGCUAGAGCUCACAAUUACCUCACUGGCACCACGGCGUGCGUGGGCUUCGGCGUCACCGCGGCCCUCAUGAAGAUUGGCAACAAGGAGGGCUGGAGGUUGGCAGGACCUCCCAAGCUCUAG